UGUACUUCCUGAAUGAAUAGCCUUUCCGUCCUCAUUUGGAAUAAAUGAAUGCGACACAAAUAUGCAGGGUAUUUCGGAAGAUGCACUCGAAUUAAUGUGGCGUACUCAAGCUAGGAUUGACGCCAAGAAACACAAAUCAAUGCGUUAUAAAAGAGGUACGGGCAGCUGUGUUCUUUUUAUCCUUGACUUUUCUGGGAGUAUGCGAGGAUCAGGAAUGAUAAGUCUUAAGCAAGGAGUGUUUGAUAUUUUAGAUGAGUUUUCAGAUCACUCUGAGCUUGGUGAAAAUGUUGCUAUCCUUAUAUUUGGAGAGGAAACUAAAUUUAUACAUUAUUACUCCAACCAUUAUGCCGAAAUCAAACAAAGCCUAGAAAACAUUGAGCCAUGUGGCCCGUCUCCUCUCACAGCGGGUUUUUUAUUGUCUCUUGGGGGUUUAUACGAAGGAUCAUCUCAUGUACAGAAAGUUGGAGAUUUCCUUUUGACUGCAAGGGUUGUCCUUUUCACAGACGGUAGACUGACUGAUUUUUCGAAUGAAGACGCAAAGGAGAAUGAAGCAGAACAACAUCUUAGUCAAUCAAUUUUAAGGUCAUUGUUUUCAGUAACAAGUGAUAUCGGGAGAAAUCACCCAAUAUUCUGUUUUCCGGUCGGCGAUAAUCCUAAUUACGAUUUACUACACGAAAUUUCAAAGCAAUCUAAAGGUGGCCAAGUUUUGGAGAUUAACAAAGCGAGAUGGUUUGGAAAAUAUUCGCUUCAUUAUAGAGGAGCAGACAUUGCUUAUAGAAUGACAGACCAGACCACAGUCGACAGAGAAGUCUUACGAACAGUGGUUACCUCCGUGAUGUCAUGGCCAACAUACGAAGAGGAAGAUUUGGAUACAAUACACGAGUUACUGAGCCAAAGAACAAAUAUCAUUGCGACUCAAGAAAGGGUUACUGAAGAUCCAGCUGAUGAAUACCAUCAGGAAAAGUUUGCCACUAUCCCUAAGCUUGGUACAAGAGUACGACGUGGUCCCCACUGGACGUUUGCAAACCAGGAUAGCGAGGGAGCCGGAACAAUUGUUGGACACGGAGAUUUAGCUGGAACAGUGCAUGUUGAAUGGGACACUGGGCUUCGUUUUCCAUAUAGUAUUGGAUGUGGAGGUCUAUACAAUGUUGUUGUUUGUGAUGAACCUAGAAUCCCUGAUGAUGGAUUCGCAGCUGUUGGUUGUUUAGUAAAGCGAGGUCCGGACUGGAAAUGGGAAGAUCAAGAUGGCGGAGUGGGAUCAAUUGGGACGAUUUACAGAGUAAAGGAUGAUGCAACUGUUUACGUACGUUGGCCUAGCGGCAGAAACAGCAAUUACAGAUUUGGAUUCGAAGGAAAAUUUGACAUUGAAGUUUGUGAUCCUUUUUCUCCAGAAGUGAUACAAGCUGUAAGAGAACAACAGAAAGGGGCGCAGUGUUUCAAUUCUGAUAAAAAGAGAUGUAAUGAUUCAAAGGGGAUGUUCAACAAAGAUGACACGACAAAAAGUAAAUAUGAAACAAAAGAAGUCAUUGUAUCCACCAAAGACUUGCAAGUAUCCUCAGAUUCCAAAAAACAAGAAACAUUCAAAACCCAUUCGCCUGAGACAGCAUUCUUCGAUAAAUCAGGUAUACGGAAAAGACUUAUCUCGGGUGACGAAAGACAUAUUCUCUCCGAUGAAAUUCAAAAAAGCAAUUUAAUCGUUGCUGAUGAUAACGACAUACAGACAGACUCUGCUUGUGAACAGCCACAUGUCUGCAUAGCAAAGAGAAAUCCCAACUAUUGGAAAUCUGACUCGAGAACCGACUGUAAAACUGAACAUGAAAAUAUCAACGCUUUUAAAAAUGCAGAAAGUUUUGAUGUUCCCAAUGAAUUUAAUAAUGUCUUUUUAGAAGAAAGUUUCUUUGGAAGCAAACUUUCUGAUGGUAAUGAGACGUCAUAUCCUCAAAAUUAUAAUUCAGACGCAGUUUACGAUUGCUUUCAUGGGGCCAUGGAAGAAAAUGUCUCAAAUAACAAUGUACAAAAUGUUCAUCAUUCAGAAAAAAUAACGGAUGACCUAAAUUGUCGCUGGCAAUGGCUUAACUGCAAUGGCGUUUGGGUAGAAUAUCCAGAUUAUGUUAAUAGUCAAAUCAAUCAUAGCCUUCACAAACGUCCCAAGGCGUCUGUUGUGAUACAAUAUCAGGAGCAAAGUUUUAGAAUAGUAGCAUCCAAAUCCAUACAGAUCAACAUUGAAUCCAAGGAAAGAACCGAAAUACGCUGUAAAAAUUCAAAUGACAAGGUGUCAGAUUGGAAGGAAAGCAAUUUGUCCAUCCGAGUGGCUACAAAUCAACCUUAAAUUCAUGAACUGAAAUAUGGUGACAAAAUGACAAGGUGUCAGUUUGGAUGGAAAGCAAUACAGGGUCUUCAUUCAUAGCUGCGAAACAGAAAUCAACUGAAGAGAGAUUCAAACUCAAAAUCAUAGAAUGAAGAUGGCGUUAGAACGAUUGAACAAUAUAUAUUGAAAUAGCAGUCUUAUAUUACGUAUAUUACUUUUUUGUCUAUACAUUGUAUUUGUAUAUAUUUAUUGUAACUAGACUUUGACCCGUGUGUGCACGGGUUGACAUUGCAUAUGAUAUCGGAUAUUAACGAAAUAGAUACAUCGACACACCGAAUUAUUGACAUUUACAUUUUAAACAAGCUUUAAGCCUACAAUAAUGCUAUUAAUUUCACUACACUCUGCUUAGUUAGAAUAAUCUAACUGUGUCUCGGGACAGGCCUUCACCAUUGUUCACCACAGUUUAAAUGCCUUCCCUACACCCGUAAUGUACAUGCAACAAUAAAUUGCAGAAAAAAUUGCAGAAUCGCUUCGAAAAGAUUUUUGUAGAAAAUUUAUGAAGCUGCAUUGAAAAUAACAGUUAAAUUAUUCAUAACAAACCAUUUUGAGGCUGUAAAUACCUUUCAUCUAAAAUUUAAUUCAUAUUAAUGAAGAAUUCAGCAAUUGUUUUACUCGCUUCGAUAUUUACACACCAUGUUGACUUUGGGGAUUUUUCAUAUUAAAUGGACUGAGUUAGAGUUAACUCCUGUAUAUCCUUCGAUGAGCAGAAUAUAUGACAAAUUUUCAAUGAAAAAACACAUAUAUGUAAUAUCGUUUCCGAGUUUAUCUAUGCAAAUGCGAUAUUGUUGAAACAUAAACAUAAAUUGUA